CCGCAGGAACCACCGAGCACCAACCUCCAGGUAGCCACGAUUGGACUUGCGUACUAGGCUGCAACAACUCCACACACGAUCGCAUAGCUUCGUACAUCUUCCAGACACUCUUCUACAAGACCAUCGAGUGCCGUCUCUCGUAUCCGGCACCAUGUCGUUCCAACGCUCCAGCGCCCUCGAAUCGCAACCCACGACAUGGCGAAGGGACGACGAUCCGUCAUACGCCGAUGACCCAGAGUUCCGCGACUUCGCCGACAAGCUUUCCGACGACCUCUUUGCCUUGACCCGCAACGUUGCCCGUCUGUCGCAAGAGACGGGCAAGCUAGGGACCAAGCACGAGACCGCCCGUGUUCGCGAGCGCGUGAAGACGACUGUCGAGGAGACAUCGGAGAAGUUCAAAGAGCUUGGCGAGGGAUUGAAGAAGAUCACAACCUGGCCCGAUGUUGGCCCCUCGCAAAAGUUCACGCAAUCGAAGCUUCAGCGCGAAUUCAAAGCAACACUCACCGAGUUCCAACACCUCCAGAAGCAAGCCUUAGAGAAAGAGAAGCAGUCGGCACAAGCGGCACGCACAGCCCUGCAAGACGUAUCAUCGCCAAGCGAAGAGCGGGGAGGAGACUUUGGGCAACAACAAGAGCAGGAACAGCUGCGCUUGGCGAACCAGGAUGAGGUCGACUUCCAGGAGUCGAUGAUCAUCGAGCGCGAGUCCGAGAUCCGUAACAUCGAGCAGUCGGUUGGGGAACUCAACGAGCUGUUCCGUGAUGUUGCGCAUAUGGUGCACGAGCAGGGCGCUCAACUCGACAUCAUCGAGGAGAACGUCGAGGUCACGCACGACGCGUCGCGAGGUGCACACGUGAAUCUCAAGCAGGCGAGUAACUACCAGAAGAGCGCGAGGAGUAAGGCGUGCAUUCUGCUACUCAUUCUCGCCAUUGUUUUGGUCAUCAUUAUUCUUGCCGUCGUUUUGGACUAGAUGAUACGUGCAUCAUCUUUGUCAUGGUUGGUUCUAUCUGGUUUCGGCGUUGCAUUGUACAUCUGGGGGGAUCUUAUACCAUGGUGCAUCUCAUUGCAAAUUUCUGUCGUUUUCGAAUCGUGUUUUUUACCAGCUAUGAAGUUUGGCUGUCUACCGUAUGCUUUGCAGUGGCUUUUGUGUUAGCCAAGUCAUAUCUAAUCAAUGUUUAACAUUUCCUCACUCACUCUUGUGUAUCUUUCCUGC